AUGUUGUCCAAAUCCUUCGUUGCCGCCUCUGUGGCUCUGACCGCCGCCCUUACCGCCUCUGCGCAGACCUCUACUGUCUGCAACCCGCUAGAGAAGACCUGCCCCGCCGACCCUGCUGUUGGCAAUAAAGGCAUCAGCUGCGACUUCACGCAGGGCGAAUGCUCCGCCUUUGAGCCGGUGGCUGGCAAAGCAGUCACGUACGACUCUCACGGAGCCGUCUGUGCCAUGGAUGCCGGCCGCCAAGCCCCGACCAUCUGCUCCAAGGAGUACAUCUUUUUUGGUCGCGUCGAGGUUGAGAUGCAGGCCGCCCCCGGCCCAGGCGUCAUCAGCACCGUCGUGCUCCUCUCCGACGACCUCGACGAGAUUGACUGGGAGGCCAUCGGCUCUGACACCAACAGAAUUCAGUCCAACAUCUUCUCCAAGGGCGAUCAGAACUACCACAAGCUUGGCGGGUUCCACCCCGUCGACGGCGUCUCUGGCAAGUUCCACAAGUACACCAUCGACUGGACCCCCCGCCGUAUCGAAUGGUCCGUGGACGGUACCGUCCAGCGCACCCUCACCGCGGAAGAGGCCGGCGCUCGCUUCCCGACUUCCCCUACUCAGGUCAAGCUUGGGGCCUGGGUCGCCGGCUUCAAGGGCAACGAACCAGGCACUAUUACCUGGGCGGGCGGUUUGGCCGACUUCUCCAACGGUCCCCUCAAGGCCUACUAUAAGAACGUCAAGAUCACCGACUACGCUGGCGGCAGCUCCGCCACCAGCAAGGACGUCAAGGAGUAUUCGUAUGGCGAUCACUCUGGCAGUGCCAAGAGCAUCCAGAUCAAGCUCAGAGACGGGUCCAGUGAGACUAUCGACGAGCAGUCUGGCAGCAGCGGCAGCAGCUCUGCUUCGAGCAGCUCCUCCAGCACCGAGUCCAGCACCAAGUCUAGCACCAAGUCCAGCAUCUCUGAGGCCACCUCCGCUUCGGCCUCGACCACUACCUCAUCUACGGCCUCGACCACUACCUCAUCUACGGCCUCGACCAUCUCUACUGGCUCGACUGCCGCUUCGAACACGACCAUAAGCACUGUCAGCAAGACCUCCAGCCAGUCCUCCACUAGCACUCACUCGGGUACUCCUGCCGCCACUGUCCCAAGCUCCGGCGCUGCCUCUAUCAAGGCUUCUGUCGUCGUGGCUCUUGCCGCCUUUGGUGCCAUGUUCGCCCUGUAG